CAAGUGCAGUGCCCGGCGCCGGCGGGGGCUGCGCGGCGGGGCCAUGCAGAGCUGCGGGCGCUUCUGGGGGCGGCUGGCGGCCCGCGGGGCGCCGAGGCACCUGCGGGGGGCGGCGGCGGCGGGGCAGCGGCGCUGGGGCGGCGGCGAGGCGGCGCGGUGCAUCGAGCAGCUCUUGCCGCGGCACGAUGACUUCUCCCAGCGGCACAUCGGGCCGCGGGAGCAGGAGAAGCGAGAGAUGCUGCGGACCGUCGGGGUGCAGAGUGUCGAGGAGCUGAUGGACAAAACCAUCCCGGCCAGCAUCCGCCUCCGGAGGCCGCUGAGGAUGGAUGACCACGUCUGUGAAAACGAAGUCCUUGAAACUCUGUACAAUAUUGCAAGCAAGAACAAGAUAUGGCGGUCUUACAUAGGCAUGGGUUAUUACAACUGCUCAGUGCCCCAGCCCAUUGCACGGAAUUUGUUGGAGAAUGCAGGAUGGGUUACCCAGUAUACUCCUUACCAACCUGAGGUAUCCCAGGGCAGGCUGGAAAGCCUGCUAAAUUACCAGACUAUGGUGUGUGAUAUCACAGGAAUGGAUGUGGCUAAUGCAUCUUUGCUGGAUGAGGGGACAGCAGCUGCAGAAGCUAUGCAGUUAUGUCACAGACACAACAAAAGAAGGAAGUUCUAUGUAGAUGCUCGAUGCCACCCUCAAACUAUAGCAGUGGUUCAAACCAGAGCAAAUUAUACAGGUGUUAUUACUGAGCUCAAAUUACCCCAUGAGAUGGAUUUCAGUGGAAAGGAUGUCAGUGGAGUAUUAUUUCAGUAUCCAGAUACUGAAGGGAAGAUUGAAGACUUCUCCGAACUUGUUGAAAGAGCUCAUCAAAAUGGGACUCUCGCCUGCUGUGCUACUGACCUUCUGGCUCUCUGUAUUCUGAAGCCUCCUGGAGAGUUUGGGGUGGAUGUUGUCCUGGGUAACUCCCAGAGGUUUGGUGUGCCACUGUGCUAUGGGGGACCCCAUGCGGCAUUCUUUGCUGUCAAGGAAAAUCUAGUGAGAAUGAUGCCAGGCAGGAUGGUGGGCGUUACAAGAGAUGCAAGUGGGAAGGAAGUGUAUCGACUUGCUUUGCAAACACGUGAGCAGCAUAUCAGGAGGGAUAAAGCUACCAGCAACAUCUGCACAGCACAGGCUCUUCUGGCCAAUAUGUCAGCCAUGUUUGGUAUAUACCAUGGGUCUGAUGGAUUAAGGCAUAUUGCAAGACGGGUACACAAUGCUACUCUAAUCUUGGCUGAAGGUCUCAGGCGAGCUGGUCAUAAACUACAUCACGAUCUGUUCUUCGAUACCUUGACGAUAACAUGCGGAUGCUCGGUCAAAGAGGUUUUGGACAGGGCAGCUCUUAGAAAGAUAAAUUUUCGGAUUUAUAGUGAUGGCAGGCUUGGAGUAUCACUUGAUGAAACUGUAAAUGAGAAAGACCUAGAUGACAUAUUAUGGAUUUUUGGUUGCGAGUCUUCUUCUGAGCUGAUUGCCGAGGGUAUGGGCGAGGAAACCAAAGGCAUCCUUAGCACCCCAUUUAAGAGAACUUCCAAAUUUUUGACACACCAGGUUUUCAACAGCUAUCACUCUGAGACAAAUAUCGUGCGGUACAUGAAAAGAUUAGAAAACAAAGAUAUUUCCCUUGUUCACAGCAUGAUUCCUUUGGGGUCCUGCACAAUGAAGCUCAAUAGUUCAGCUGAACUUGCACCUAUUUCAUGGAGAGAAUUUGCCAACAUCCACCCUUUUGUGCCCCUGGAUCAAGCUCAAGGGUAUCAGCAGCUUUUCAAGGAUUUAGAGAAGGACCUAUGUGAGAUUACUGGCUAUGACAAAAUCUCCUUCCAACCAAAUAGUGGAGCCCAAGGAGAGUAUGCAGGCUUGGCUGCAAUCAAAGCUUAUUUAAAUGCCAAAGGAGAACGUCAUAGAACCGUGUGCCUUAUUCCUAAAUCUGCUCAUGGUACAAAUCCAGCAAGUGCGCAAAUGGCAGGGAUGAAGAUUCAGCCAAUUGAAGUGGAUAAAAAUGGGAGCAUUGAUAUCUCCCAUUUAAAAGCAAUGGUGGACAAGCACAAAGAGAACUUGGCAGCCAUCAUGAUCACAUACCCUUCUACCAACGGUGUGUUCGAAGAGGAGAUUGGAGAUGUGUGUGACCUCAUUCACAAUCACGGAGGACAAGUUUACUUAGACGGAGCAAAUAUGAAUGCUCAGGUGGGUCUGUGUCGUCCUGGAGACUAUGGCUCUGAUGUCUCUCACUUAAAUCUUCACAAAACCUUUUGCAUUCCCCAUGGAGGAGGAGGACCUGGAAUGGGACCAAUUGGAGUGAAGAAACAUUUGGCUCCCUACUUGCCUACCCACCCUGUCAUCAAAAUACAGCCGGAUAAGGAUGCAUGUUCUUUGGGUACUGUCAGUGCUGCACCUUGGGGUUCCAGUGCUAUAUUGCCAAUUUCCUGGGUGUAUAUCAAGACAAUGGGAGCGAAGGGUCUGAAGCAUGCUUCUGAAAUUGCUAUACUAAAUGCAAACUACAUGGCAAAGAGGCUAGAGAAGCACUACAAAAUCCUUUUCAGAGGAGCAGAAGGUUAUGUAGCCCAUGAAUUCAUUUUGGAUACGAGACCUUUCAAAAAAACAGCAAACAUUGAAGCUGUAGAUCUUGCCAAGAGGCUUCAGGAUUAUGGUUUUCAUGCUCCAACCAUGUCCUGGCCAGUGGCAGGGACACUUAUGAUUGAACCAACAGAGUCUGAAGACAAAGCAGAACUGGAUAGAUUUUGUGAUGCAAUGAUCAGUAUUCGGCAAGAAAUUGCUGAAAUAGAGGCAGGCAGGAUGGACCCCCAAAUUAACCCACUAAAGAUGUCACCACAUACUCUGAACUGUGUCACUUCUUCCAAGUGGGAUCGUCCCUAUUCCAGAGAAGUGGCAGCAUUCCCACUGCCAUUUGUGAAGCCUGAAAGCAAGUUUUGGCCCACAAUUGCUCGCAUUGAUGACAUAUACGGGGAUCAACAUCUGGUUUGCACCUGCCCACCAAUGGAAGCCUAUGAAUCUCCAUUUUCUGAACAGAAGAGAGCAUCUUCUUAAGACUGCUUCCAGCUGCCUGCAUUUCUGACUCCAUCAGGAUGGUCUUUUCCUGAUUUCCUGGGGAUAUGUAUACUGUGUAUAUUUUGGAUAAUCACCAUGUUUGUUAAUUGAAUCACUGCGCAGUUAAAAUGUAAAUACAAUCAGUAUGUUAGGUGUAAACAAAAUGUGACUGUUCCUCAGCAGUAGAUGUUGAAGUUACCUUGAUUCAGCCUUUUGUCUGUUUUGUGCUUAAGUUUUAACAAUUAACACCCAAUUUGCAAAGUGGCAUGGAAGAUAUGGUUAAAAAGUAGAAAAGAUGCAGACAGAUAAGGCAAUACUAAUGAAUAUUAACUGCAGGAGUAAUUGUUUACAUUUUGUAAAAAAAAAUUACAAAGCAGGUUUUUAAUUUACUUCACAUAUUACCACUAGCAUUGCAAGUGUUAAUAUUUCAUACUGAUUUUUUUAUCUAUCAGUGUUAGUAGUCUAAUAAAACUGGUAAGAAUUUUAA